AUGGCUGAAAUUCAAUCCAGUUGGAUUGACCCUAGAAGCGGCUACUGCCGGAAAACCAAGACUUUCCACAGCCUCCGUCCGCCGGUGCCUAUGCCGCAGCCGUCGCAACCCCUCUCCAUUAUUUCUUACACUCUCUCCCUCCUCCAGUCCUCCACCAAAGCCGACUCUGCCGCUCUCUCCACCACUUCAUUUCUAAUCGACGCUGCCACAGGCCGCCGCCUCACCUACACCGCCUUCCUCCACCAGGUUGACUCACUUUCAUCUUCUAUACGAUCUCUUUAUCCACAUCUUUCGAAAAACGACGUAGCAUUUAUACUCUCACCGCCAAGUCUUCAUGUCCCGGUUUUGUAUUUCUCACUUCUCUCACUUGGAAUCACCGUUUCACCGGCGAAUCCUUUGUCCUCACCGGACGAGUUGACUCACCUGAUUAAACUCAGUAAACCCUCCAUCGCCUUCGCCACAGCCACCGCCGCCCACAAACUCCCCGGACAUCUCCCCGUUAUUCUCCUCGACUCCCCGAAGUUCUUCUCUAUGCUCUCAUCUGUCAAUAAUUCGAAUUGGAAAGAACAAGUCAUUAUCAAACAAUCCGACCCAGCCGCCAUUUUAUACUCCUCCGGCACCACCGGAAAAGUAAAAGCUGUGGUGCUUACUCACCGGAACUUCAUUGCGAUGACUGCAGGUUUGCACUACAACAAAUUGUCAAAUGAAGAACAAGCAAAACAAGAAAUGAAUAUGAAUAUCCAUCCAACAUGCCUGUUCACAUUGCCUUUGUUUCACGUUUAUGGGUUUUUCAUGCUGAUAAGGGCGGCGGCAUUGGGCGAAAGCGUAGUGCUAAUGGAGAAAUUCGACUUUGUGAAAAUGCUGGAGGCGGUGGAGAAGUACCAGGUGACGUCUAUUCCUGUGACACCGCCACUUGUGGUGGCGAUGGUGAAGUCAGGUUUGGUGGCGAAAUAUGACUUAGGCUCUCUUAAGAGCCUCGGCUGCGGUGGAGCCCCGCUAGGGAAGGAGGUUCUGGUGCGGUUCGAAGCCAAAUUCCCCAGUGUAGACAUUGGUCAGGGAUAUGGUUUGACCGAGAGUAGUGGAGCAGCAACGCGAACAUUAGGGCCUGAUGAGGCUAAACGAUAUGGAACUGUCGGGCGCUUGUCUGAGAACUUAGAAGCCAAGAUAGUCGAUCCGGAGAAUGGCAAUGCCUUGCCUCCUGGAAAGCUCGGUGAAUUAUGGUUCCGAGGGCCUAUUAUCAUGAAAGGUUAUGCUGGGGAUGAUGGGGCGACAAAUGCAACAAUCGAUUCAGAAGGUUGGCUAAAGACAGGCGAUCUUUGUUAUUUCGACUCUGAUGGAUUUCUCUUUAUUGUCGAUAGAUUGAAGGAAUUGAUUAAAUACAAGGCUUAUCAGGUUUCUCCGGCCGAGUUGGAACACUUACUUCAAUCCAUUCCUGAGAUAGAAGAUGCAGCUGUAAUUCCAUAUCCCGAUGAAGAAGCUGGGCAGAUUCCCAUGGCCUACAUUGUGAGAAAACCGGGUAGCAAUAUCCCGGGUGCUCAAAUAAUGGAUCUCAUCGCAAAGCAGGUUGCUCCUUAUAAGAAGAUUCGCCGUGUUGCAUUUAUCAACUCUAUUCCAAAAACUCCGGCAGGAAAGGUCUUACGAAAGGAGUUGAUUAACCUCGCCAAUUCUAGCACUUCACCAAAACUAUGA